AUGUCAUCAACCACUACACCAAUUCAUGAGUCUAGUAUUGCUACUGAUGUAACAUCACUGCCACCAUCAUCGUACGUUUUACAACCAGGACAAUUGGGUCGUCGUCCAAAUUUUACACGCGAUGAAAUUAUUACACUAUCCACUCAAGUUCAUCAAAAUUCUGCCAUUCUCAAAAAUCGUUCGCAUGAUAUUCAUACACAAGAAGAAAAAUGUAAACUAUGGGAUAGAAUUGCACAUAUUAUUAAUCAAGUGGGUGGCUACGAUAGAACGGGACAAGAAUUGAGACGAAAAUGGUUCAAUAUUGUUUAUGAUCGAAAAAGACAACGACGAUCAAAAGCUGAUUUUGAUUUACCUGCAUCUGAUUUAGAAAACCGAACAAAAUCACCGACAGCUGAAAAUGAAAAUAGCUACACAUCAAUAUCUUCAAUAUCAAAAAAUCCAUCGAAAGUAGCACCGAAUACAAACUAUAAGACUCAAAAGCAACCAUCAGUUACUCCAGUAAUCAAAGUUGAAUCUUUUAUCGAUAAUAUCGACGAUGAUUUGUUAAUUUUGACUAGUGACGAUGAUGACGAAGAGGAACAACACGAAAAUGAUCAUUCAGACUUUGAUAUAUUCAAAGAAUAUAUUGAAUCAACAACAAUGAAUAAUAAAACAAAGGGCGAAACAAAUACUCGUACACGUUUGUUUAAUGGUAGUCCUAGCAGUUUAUUAGAGAGUGCAACAACAGCACCAUCAUCCAUAAAUAUUGAAUAUGCACUAGAUCGUUUAAUUCGUAUUGAAGAAGAACGUCUGUUGGUUGAAAAAGAACGCAUUGCUAUUGAAAAACAACGUUUAAACAUUGAAACAAAACGCUUAAAAUUAAAAGAAAUUAAAUUUAAACAUGAAAUUCUACAACAACAGAAGGCAACAACAUCAGUAACAAAUAAAAAGUUCAAAUAUAAUUAA